AUGGAAAAUGCUCAUCCUUUUCACGGAUUAAGUCAUUUAAACUUUUGCAGUGAUAGGAGAAAUCAAGAUUUAAUACAUCAAAAUUGAAGUAAAACAGAUGAAAGCACAUUAUUUGAGACAAUACAAAUCAUUUACCAAUCUGUUGAUAAAAGAGAUAAUGCAAAUUUUAAGGAUCAACAAAUUCCACAGCAUUUAGUAAACAAUUUUUUUGAGGAAAUGACACAAACAAUUUCUAAAAUUAAUGAUUUGAAAAGAGAAUUCAGUCAGCUAAUUGGGAAUUUUUAUUGUUUCUAUGAUAAGCAAUUCUGUUUAACAUUCUCUUGCUAUGAAGAAUUUAUUGAAAAAUGAUCAGAGAUUGAUAAAAUUCAUUAUUUAAUUACAUCUUUAAAAGCAGAGUGCCAAACGAUUAGAAAUUAUAUUGAGAACCAUAUAAGUUUAGGAUUAUUAAUGAAUAGCUAUUCAGAGAUUAAGACUUCACUUAAUGCUUAUUUUACACAAUACAAAUUUCUUGAUAAGUUAGAAACUUUAUUGAUAAAGCUUUUUCAAAAGAAGAGAAGUUUUGAUAUUUAUAGCAAUAAACAAUUAUAUUUAUUUCCUAAAGAUAUUUGCGAUGAAGGAAAUUUUAUAAUCUAUGACACAGAAACCAAAACUCAAGAAUUUAUAAACAUCAACUUUCCAAAGCAGCUUUCAGUAGGAACAUGCAUAACGCAGCUUCCUGAUGACCAACUGUUUUGCUUUGGAAAUGAAUAUCCUGCAAGAGGGACAACUUGCAUAAUUAAUUCCCAAUUAGAUGUUAAAAUAUUGAAAUCAGGACAACCUCGAUUUAUGUGUGGAUCCAUAUACUUUGAAGAUAAUGUUUAUGUUUUCGGAGGAUUUGGAACUAAAGAUUUAGACUCUGUGGAAAAGUUUGACUUAAAAAGAGGAAAAUGAAGUAAGCUUUGCUCAAUGCCUAAAAAUUCUCCUUUCUGCUCUUGCUUGGCUUUCAAAGAAAGCAUAUUAAUCUCUGGUAGUAACCAUGACAUUUUAUAUAAGUAUGACAUUGAAUUAAACAGUUAUUCGAAAAUACUCACUUUUAAUAUAAGCUACAACAAAGUUUUAGCAUCAGCGAAAGGAAGAGCCUAUGUUUUUAAUUCUUGUGAUAAGACAUAUGAAAGUGGACUUUUUGAUGAAUACAAUUGAAAUGAAAUUAGCGCCUCGAACCCAAUAAUUGGCUUCAUGUCUUCCAGAACUUAUAAUAAUAAUUCAAUCUUUUUCGGAGUAGCAUCGUAUGAUAAAACAAUUUUUUACAGAUUUGAUUUAGAAACAAAGAAAUUAGCUUGCAUUUUGUAA